AUGAAAGCUUUAAUUAUUAUUGAUAUGGUAAAUGAUUUAGUAAGUGGUGUACUUGCAAAUGAAAAAUAUGCAAAUGAAAUUAUUCCAUCAAUUCAAAGAUUAAUUGAAAAUGCUAGAAAGAAUCCAACUGAAUGGUUAAUUGUUUAUUCAAAUGAUGCACAUAAAGAAGAUGAUAGAGAGAUGAAAGUUUGGGGUAAACAUGCAAUGGAAGGAACUGAAGGUGCUCAAGUUAUUGAUUCAUUGAAACCAAUGGAUACAGAUAAUGAAAUCAUUUCACCAAAGAGAUUUUAUGGUGCAUUCGAUUUAACAGGACUCGGUGAAAUCUUUGAAAAAAGAGGUGGUGUCACUGAAGUAGUUUUAGUUGGCCAACAUACUCAUUGUUGUGUUAGACACACUGCAUAUGGUGCCUUUAUGAGAGGUUAUGAAAUUAAAGUACCAUCAGAUGGUGUUUGUGUUUUUGAUGGAAUUGAUAAUCAAGCUGCUUUAGAUUAUUUAAAGAAUAUUUAUGGUGCUACCAUUACAACAACUGAUAAUAUUUUAAAUAAUUUAUAA